AUGGAAAAAGUGAAUCAAAAGUAUUCAGAAGAAGUACAAGAAAAUAGAUUGUACUUGGAAGCUUUGUGUGAAUCGUUGAUAUUUUGUGGCAGACAAUCUAUUGCUCUAAGAGGUCAUGAUGAAUCUACAGAUUCAAAGAACAGAGGAAACUUUUUGGAGUUGAUGAAGCUUCGUUCCAAAGAUAACAGUUUAAUAAAAAAAUUCUUUAUGGAGCAUCGUAAAAAUUUUCAGUAUACUUCAGAGACUUUUCAGAAUGAGCUACUGUCAAUUAUUGGGGAACAAAUUAAGUGUCACAUUGCUAAAGAAGUUAAAGAGGCCGAGGUUUUUGCAAUUAUAGCUGAUGAAACUCAAGAUAUAGCAAAGCACGAACAAGUAGCUAUUGUCUUGAGGUAUGUUAAUGAAAAGUUAGAAGUUCAUGAGUCAUUUGUGGGGUUUUACCGUGCUAAAAGAACUGAUGGCAAAACACUGGCAAAUGAACUUAAAAAUGUUUUGAUUUCAAUGGAUUUGAACAUUAAAAAUCUGCGUGCUCAGUGCUAUGAUGGGGCAUCGAACAUGAGGGGCCCAUACAAAGGAGUGGCAGCUAUAAUUAUGCAAGAAGCCCCAAUGGCAAUGUACAUUCACUGCAAUGCACAUAUAUUGAACUUGUGUUGA